CAAGUGUUGCAUGAUGAAGGGUCCCGAUGCUCCGUGAGAGAGCUUUGGCCCCGACGGGAUGAAGGCUGGAUCCGCGAGUGGAAACGAGGGGAAAUGAAGAUGAAGAUAAGAGUGUGCCAAGGGGUUAGUGGCAUCAUCAUCGUCACCAUGGUUACCAGCUUUAUGUUGGUGUACAACAGCAGCUCUGGUGACAGAUCAUCUUCAUCAUCAGCAUCAUCAUCGUCAUCUUCCCACUGUUUAGAAGCUCCGGUUUCUUCCACAAAAAAGCCGGAGAAACCACAGAGACUCUCAGCAUCAACACUUGAGGGGUACACAGGUGUCAUGGAUCAUAAGUCUUUGAAGAUGCACUGCAGGACUUGUUCCCUGGUGACCAGCUCUGGUCAGCUGACGGGCAGCAAAAGGAGCAAAGAGAUCGAUGGCUCUGAGUGCGUCAUUCGUAUGAACGACGCGCCCAGUGUGGGCUAUCAGGAGGACGUUGGCCAGCGCACCAGCCUGCGUGUCGUAGCUCACUCCAGCCUGCAGAGAGUGCUGCGGAGCCGACAGGAGCUGCUCAAUGCGAGCCAAGACACAGUGUUCAUCUUCUGGGGACCGAGCAGCUGCAUGAGACGGGAUGGAAAAGGCCACGUUUACAACAAUCUCAGGCUGUUAAACCAGCUGCUGCCCAAACUGAAAGUCUACAUUAUUUCUCGCAUCAAGAUGCUCAAGUUUGAUGAACUAUUUAAAAAGGAAACAGGGAUUGAUAGGAAGAGUUCCAACUCGUGGCUGAGUACUGGCUGGUUCACCAUGGCCAUAGCCCUGGAGCUGUGUGACAGGAUCAACGUGUAUGGCAUGGUGCCCCCUGAUUUCUGCAGGUCCUCCUCCCAUCCCUCCGUGCCGUAUCAUUACUAUGAGCCCUCAGGGCCCAACGAGUGCUCCAUGUAUCUCUCCCACGAGAGGAGUCGAAGAGGAAGCCACCACCGCUUCAUCACAGAGAAGACGGUGUUUGCAAACUGGGCUCGAACCCUCAACAUCCACUUUUACCAGCCAGACUGGAAGCCGGCUGCUGUCAUCACCGGCGUGAACAGCUCGUAUGCUCCAGCUCCAGCUGGAUCUUGA